CUCACAGCAACGCUACCAUGAGCGACAUCGAACUGGAGGAUCUCUCCAAGCGUAGCCCAGCGACCAAUGGGAACUCAGAAGACCCAACCCAGCUUGAGGAUUUGGGUGCGCUGCGGGACGCGGAGUCUGUGGUCUAUUGGGCGUACACAACAGCAGGGGUGUGAGUACUUGUGAGGGCACGCAAAGAGUACGCAUGAGAAUUGACGCUUCUUUGGACUCCAUAUGCUAGGUUCGUGGCAGCGUCGACCCCGCUGCUGAUGUUUCCUCGGUUUCUACUCUUUCUUACGAGUACGGGCGAAAUGGAGCGGCGAACAACACUCACGCCGCUGGAGUCGUUCUUCUCGUUGCAUACGGGUAUCCUGCUGCUGGCAAUCGCUGUUGCCCUUGUCCUCAACGUACCCUCGUCUGCUACAAUGCCAAGCCAUACUGCAGGACAAAGUAGCGUAGGUCACCCACUACUAGGACCACUGGCCACUGCAUGCGCCUUCAUCGCCAUUAUCUCGUACAACACCAAGUCUGUCGGGUCUCUUGGACUGCUUGUAUCCAUAGGCGCAGCGAUCGUCAGCCUCUGGGGAUUCUGGGUCUUGGUGUUUCAAGGCACGUCGAGGCACUCCAAGAAGACUGGCACAGAUAAACACACGUCGAGGUUUUGUUUGGCAACAAGGCGCUGCUUCCUCCAGAAGAAAGAAUGGAGGAAACAGCAGGGCUCGAAGUCGCGAUGAAGACACCGCGCACCGUGUAUUGCUAUAUUGUAUCUUCACUUUCUUGUAUUCCUAGAGGUCACAAUGACAUGUCUACACAUGGUAUGGCUUCUGGAGG